AUGCUUCAUGAAGACAAGAUACAGGCCUAUCAGUGCCGACAGGAAACUGAUGUGGACUUGGCUUGUCUCAUCCCUUUGAUUGAUGGGACCUCAGCAAAAUGCUUUUUUCUUUCACCCAUGCAGCUGUUACCCAAACAUGGAUAUAGGACAAAUCAAGACUCCAAAGAACACAAUGGAAUUGCAACUCCACCUAAAGUAACAUCAUUUAUGCAAGCACCCAACAUGGAUGCCACUUACCAGUAUCAGCAACUUUUUAAAAGCCUUUUUACAUAUGAUUUGGACCAGAGGAACUGGAGAAACCAGAUGGAGGAUGUGGCCCCAGUCUGGAUGCAGGAGGAUAGGGCACAUCACAGGUGUGGAGCAACCAGGAGUGAGACAGAGCAUCCUGGAAGCCCAUCCAGACAGGAGCAGCUUGGACAGUGUCUGCUUUUGGAAGGCCUAAGCCCAGCAGAAAAGCUGUUUGGUUUUCGCACGCCAAAGAUGUACUUAAGUAUAGAGGGCUGCUGUAUUUGCUGAGCUAAGUCCUCCAGUUUUCAAUUCAUUGGCAGUAAAUGCUAUGAAAAGGACUUCGAGAGCUAUUUUGGGUUGCAUGAGACUCGUUCAGGAGAUAUCUGUAACGCCUGUGUCCUGCUUGUGAAAAGAUGGAAGAAACUGCCAACGGGAUCAAAAAAAAACAAAAACAAAAACAAAAACAAAAACAAAAAACCCUGGAAUCAUGUGGUAGACGCAACGGCAGGACCCAGUCUGAAGACUACAUUGAAACCAAAGAAAGUGAAAACUCUAUCUGGCAACAGGAUAAAAAGCAACCAGAUCAGUAAACUACACAAGGAAUUUAAAUGUCACAGUUCUGAUGUUCACAGCACCUCAAGUGCCUCCCCUGCUCAGUCUCCUUGUUAUAGUAACCAGUCAGAUGAUGGCUCAGACACAGAGAUGGCCUCUGGCUCUAAAAGAAUGCCAGAUUUUUCCUUCUCAGAUCUCACACACUGGAAGAGCCAGAAAAUACGUUGUGGGAUUAUCUUUAAAGGCCGUUUUGGGGAAGUCCUCAUUGACACACAUCUAUUGAACCCUUGUCGCUUACUAAAAGAAACAAAGAGGGGCACCUGGGUGGCUCAGCCAGUUACGCUUGCUUUUGGCUCAGGUCAUGAUCUCACCCAUUUGUGAG